AGGUACUUGUUUUGUAAUAAAGCUAAGAGAAUGACAUCAGCAAUGUUGAAGAGUAAUAAUUCCAUUCUGGAUAUUGCCUUGAGUAGACUACCGGUACUUUAAAUAUAUAUAGUUUUUGUAUCCACUCAUACUGACUUGAAAGCUGAUUGUCAACAUUUUGACCUGGAUUAAAUCAACAAGACAAACUUCUAGUUAACACUUGGUUUGGGUAAACAUGGAAGUUGACCCUCCUACAUCAUCAUCAUCCAGUCCUGUACAGAACAAUGGUGGAACAUUAAAACGCUCGAACAGUGCUCCAAUGAUAAACACACUUGUUACCUCAGAAGCUGAUAUAAGGUAAGAAAUCCUGCCAGGAAAUUUAUUGUACGUUUCUUGUGUUUUUCUGCUACUUAAAGUUUUAAAUUUAUUUUAUUAUUUUUGGUAAUUAUUUACUGAAUCUAGGAGAAGAGACCUAUUAUUUAAAUACAUUUUUCACUUUACUGUUCAUUUGAUUAUAUAUAUUUAUAUAUAUAUAUCAUUAAGCUUUGUUUUGACCAUUGCAUGCAUGAAAUGUGUUAAAAAACUGGUUAACCUUUUGUUCAUUGUUUUACAUUAAUAUUGCUUAGCAUCUGGUUUUAACAAUCCUCUUCAAUACUUUAUGUAAAUACAAUUAAACAUUCUAUUUAUUAUUGGGUUGUUUUAUAUAGCGCAGUACCCCAGCCUAGGGUAAGGCUCACUGCGCUUUACAUAAAAAUGAGCAAUUACAGAAACAUUUAAAAACAACAAUUGAUGAAAAGCUUGACCUCACCCACCGAAGUACUAUCUAUCCCUGUCUAGCCAUGGACAGCACCCAACAGAAUCAAGCAUUAUCAGUCAGAGGGGGGUGAGGCAUUAUCAGUCAGAGGGAGGUGAGAAUGAGUCGUUAUAGUACAGUUUGAAGAGAUGAGUCUUUAGGGCAGUUUUGAAGGCUGUGAUGGUCGUUAUAUUGCGGGUGUGUAAUGGGAAAGAAUUCCAUUGUUUUGGGGCACAGAAAGAGAAAGAACAUUAACCAAAUGUUUUAAUGUGUGUUCUGGGAACAGAAAGAAUGCGAGUGUCUGCAGAGAAACAAAGCUUUCGAAAGGUAAAGGACAGUAAGAAGUUGUUUGUUUUUUCCCUUUAUUUACAGUCCACCUGUGUCUUUUAAAACGACCACAUCUACUGCUCUCAGGCGUAUGAGUUCAAGCAACAUGACACUUCAUAAUGCCCCACCAUCAACAAGUGUAAAUAUACUUUGGUUAUUUUUGUACUAUAGAUUCCACUUACUUAGCUGGGGCAAUUAUUUUCUAUUUUGACCUAAAUGAAUUUACCCUGAAUGCAACAAUUUUGUCUAGUUUUAAGCCUGCUUAUUUGCAUGUGGGCAUAUUUACCUUAAAUCACUGGGUAUGUUGGGUUCCAAAACCCUUUUGAAACCUGUUACGAACUGAUAUAUGAUUUUGCAAAUUAAAACACGAAAGAUUUGGUUCAGUAAAUAAACAAUGCAUGAUAAAGGACUGAAAACCAGAAUAUAAAGAAAAAUGAUACCAAAGCUACUGAAUUUUCAACAUUCAAUUUAAUUACACUAUUAAGCUUACAUAAUAAUACAAAAUAAAAUUAAAAGAAAUAAAAACUUUAAUGUGGCUAGUGAAAAAUUGUAAUCCUCAACCUCAAAAUGUACAAAUAUUAAUAUACACACACUCGAGAACAAUCAGUAUAUUUAAGUCUGGUAAAUGUCUGGGAAAACAUGCACAAAUCUCUCUUGACUGGGAAAACUGACAGCUUAUUUUUAGGGAGUGUCUUAGAACCUCGAGAAAAGGAAUUCUAGAAAUUGCAUCACCUGAUAGCAUUCUUUAGAACAAAUUGGAAUGUAUUAAACCUUUUACCAAACAAGGGAAGGUGGGGUAGAAAAGAGGCGGCAGCACAGCAUCACCAAGUUAAUUGGUGACAUCGGUAUCAUAAAAAAAUGGGGAGUGGGGGGUAAGGUUGAAUGCUACGGCUCAUGGUGAACAAAAUUAGGUCAACACACAGGCUAUAAAAAAAACCUUCAACAAAUGUCACACAUUUAUGUAUUUCUGGGGGCUCAUGGUCUUUGGUUUUGUCCUGAAAAACUUUAAAAACUUUUUCAGCCACCCAUAAGAAGUACAGACAGAGUGACAAGGAUAAAACAAGAAGAAAUCCAUAAAGCUGAUAUUGAACGACAGCAUGAAAGGUGCUUAACGUCAUUUAAUAAAAAUUAGAUUUGCUGUGUUCAUAAAUUUAAAAUGCUUCAUUAAAUUGUAGGAUGAAAAAAAAAAGUGUAAUUUAAAUUGUAACCUUAUAAUUUGAUUUUAAAAAGCUAUGCAUUUUUUAUAGAGAUCAAUUAUUGACAGUUUUUUGUUUUUUACAGAGAAAUACAAUCAUCUAUUUGGAUCUCUCAAAACUGGGAUAGUCUUUCAUUUGUAAGUGAAUUUAUUCUUUUACAAUACCAGUACUUAACAAUCACUGCUUAAGCAAGAACAAUGUUUCUGGUAAUCUUGCUGUUGGAAAAAAAAAAAAAGAUAAAUUUUAUGAUUAUGGAUAUUUCUAAUUUAAUGCAAAUCAGCCUUUCUAUUAAAGUCCUAAUGAAUUAGUUUUAAUGAUAAAAAAUUGAAUAUUGUAAGAAAAUGAUUUUUUAUUUAUUUUAAAAUGAAAUUAUUCUUUAUAAUUUUGAGUACGGAAAUUUUUAUAAGAGAAUAGUUCUAAUAAUUAUUUAAGCUUUAGAUGAGAUAACAUAUUAAUCUAGAUGCCAUUCUGGAAAUGCAGGAUACAUCAGAGCCCAUGGAGGGUCAAAGGCGGCAGAGGUCUUUUAGUGAAUCGCUGCACAUUAUGACACAGUCCAAUAUAUUAUGUGGGUCACCAUCCCCCACAAGAGCUGUUGCUAAGGUACACUAGUUUUUGUGUGUUAAAUAAUCCAGUAAUUCAAGUUUGAAGCUUAAAACAAUUGAGUAGCCAGUCAAACUUUUUUUGUUCUUGUUUAGUUAUAUUGUAUUGUGUGUGCUAGCUUUUCAAGAAUUAACACUCAAGUCUAAUGGACUGAUCAUUCCUCCCAUAGCAAUGCUUUUCACCAUCAAUGCAGAUACCUGUCAAGAACACAACCUUCACACCCUCACCUUCACCGAGCCCAACGCGGAAGAACUUUCAUAGGUAAUUUAUCUGUAGAAAAAAAAAAAAACUAUAAAUCUAGACAUUGUCACACAUUUCAGAAAUGUAUUUUUUUUGUAAAUCCAAUGGCUCAAACUACUUUCUGUUGCAAGUACACUUAAAAAUAUUAAAAUUAUGUACUUUUUUUGUAAAUCCAAUGGCCCAAACUACUUUCAUUUGCGGGUACACUUAAAAUGAUAUUUAAAAAACAAUCUGGUAUAACUUUAAAAAAAACCUGAGUAGAUUUAUUUAACCCUAUAACCGUCAAGCCAUUUUUAGCAAUUUCAUAUGGUUUACAAAAUGAAAAAAAAAAACCCAGAUUAAAUGAAUUCAGAGACCCUUACAAUUACAAGUAUACAUUUUCUUAAAGUACAUUGGUAAAGGUAUCUUAUGGUAUGAAAAGAAUUUGUUUUUAUAUUAUGUAUGUUGAUAUUGACUUUUAAAGAGUGAGUAAAAUUUUAGUACUCAGCUUCUGAAUUCAACAGUCCGUAAAUACUCCAUAAAUUACUUCUAACUAUCAUAAAAUCACGUUUUUGAGAUAAUAGAAGCAAUAUUCCUCAAAAUGUCGAGUUAUAGUUACUUAUAUUGAAAAUUGUGUUAUUCGUGAAUUUUUUCAUUCACUACCUUCAAAAUUCUGUUGUACAAAAUACAAAGGGGAAGGCACAAAAUGGGUACAGAAAUUUCUUUUAAAUUGAAGUUAUUAAAUCCAUUUUUUAUUAAUUAAUACUCCAGAACAUUCACAAACAUAAAUAUCUUUGAGGUAAGCCUUUAGGAUCCAAUAUGUGUCUUUUUCUGUUUGAUUUCCGCCCUUUCCCAAGCGAAUUUUUCUGUAACAAUGCGAGUAGGCUUAGGGAUAAAAUUGUCAAUAUCUGACUCUUAUCUCGACAUCACUACUAGAGCUUCUUCUUCUUCUAUAUCUUAAGGGCCCACGAUCAAUUUAUUGAUCAUUUUGGCUCCUAUGCAUGUAGAUGGGAUUUGCAAUGUUUCUGUUACUGGCGGUGAUGAGGAAAUUAUGCACUAGGGGUUUGAAGGCUUGAGGCAAUAGACACAAAUGUGUCUAGUGUUGUCGCCUCAACUGUUCCUUUUGAAAGAUGGUUCCAGUCCCUGAUUGUCUUGGGCAGGAAUGAGCUGCUCCUAUACUGGCUUCUUGCUGGUAUGAGCCUGAAUUGCCUGUCAUGGCCUCGUCGCUGUCUAUGGGGGAGAGGGACGAGUUUCUGUUUAAUACUGGAACAGUGGACCAGCCCAUUAUUUAUCUUGUACAUCAUGGAGAAUAAUGUAAUUACUAGCACAUGGCAUAUCUUUGAAAUCUUUGCUUUCAUUUUAAUAUAUUUGAAAUAAUUCAUAUAAAGAAAUUCUGUGUUAAUUUUGAAAUCUAUAAGGGGGCCCUCUCUGCCAUCAGACAUGGCAGUUAACAAAUUUAAGAAAAUUUCACAUCUGAUUAUUCACCUAAAAAUCCCAGAUAAAAGCACUUCAACACACUGAUAGUAGAUAGUGAUGAAAAUAAGAAGCACACUCAUUUAUACAGAGCAGACCUGUUUACUCUUACGAUUUUGGCGUACAAUCUACGAUUUUGAGGUGUAUACAUUAUAUCUACUGUAUGUAUAUGAUUUUAAGAGUUUGAGGGUAAACAGGUCUGAUAGAGUGGUUUCCUCUUAUACAAUGUACAUUAAAUUAUUCGCAUUUGUAAUGACGAUUUUUGUUAUAUCGACUGUGACACCACAGAAAGGGGUGUAAUGGCCUAUGAUUGUUACAGGGUUAAAAUAUAUUUAGGAGAUUAAAAUGUAUAUAUUAUAAAAUUGGUUGAAUCAAGAAGAGGAUUCCAAAAAUAAUAAAAACCUAAGUUUUAAGGCUUUUUUGGUUUAAUUCAUUUUACAGUAUUUAUCUUAUUUUAAAAUUAAUAUUUCCAGGAGUCUGAGUCCCAUUGCUGUGAGGACUUCAGCGGUCUCAUUGAAGCGAAAAU